AUGGCCAUUAAAGAUAGAGUAAAGAGAAUUUCAAGAGUGUUUAAUCCUGAUUCAAAAGAGGCUAAAGCUCACAAGACUGAUACUACUACUGGUACUGCCGUUGCUGCUGCUGCUGCUGGAGAACAAAAAGAGGGACAGGAAGUUCCUAUCACCACUACUGAUGAUGUUGAUGCUGCUGAACCACAAGCUGAAGUUACAGCUGACAGAGAAGGUGUAAUUGAACCAGUUGAUAAAUCAACUGAGGGUGAAGCUAAUGCUACCAAAUUACCAGUAGCUGAAGAUGCUCCUGAAGUUGCACAAGUGACUCAACCAGCUGAAGAAACCACUAAUGCCAAGAAGGAUGCCGAAUCAACAACACCUGGUUCUGCUGCUGGUGCUGCUCCAGUUACUACAGCCCCUGUUGAGAUUACAGAAGGAACACCAAUUGAGUUGGAAGACACAGCAACCUCCAUAGAAGCUUCUACUAAGGCAGCUACAGCCACUGCUGAACCAACUACUAAUAAUGCUGCUGCUGAAUCUGCAGGUACAACCGAAGAGAUUAGCCCAGCAGAUGAUAAGAUUGCUGAAGCUGAAGAAUCUUCAGCAGCAGCAGUUGCUGCACCACCAGUCACUGAAGGAGUUGAAAAUAAAUCAACAUCAACUCAACAAACGAAAAAGACUGAUUUUUUCAAGAAGUUGUAUGCUAAAUUUAGAAAACCAGUUAUUGCAAACUAG